AUGCCAAACCUGCCUCUGCAUUUUAAGGAGGCAAAAGGCAAUACCACAGAAUUCACUGAAAAACUGGCUGGCUAUUCCACCGGCAACGAAUCUCGAGAUUAUUUUCGCAACAAUGAACUUCCUGAGCCAUUGUACAUCAAGGUGCCCAUAAAACUGGCAGACGAUUCUGUUGGAGAAGAGCUUCUACCAGUGAGCUUCCUGAUCAAGAUGCAUGCCACUUUGUUAGAGCUCAACUUCCUGUUCAAAUUUUCUAGGUUUUCAGCUAAGUCCUUGGUCAGAGAGACCACCUAUGGAUGGUUUUUGAACUGCAAGGGCUACAACGCUCGAGUGGUAAGCGAGUGGUUGAUGUACAAGCUGAUCGAGGUCAAUCAACAGCCUGAAUUUCAAGUGGGGGAGAGCGCUGACGUUGGUGAGAUUCCUUUGUGGGAUUGGAGAGCCAUCAACCGAUACUUUGGACUAACAGAGCGCACCUCAAGGAAGUUGAGCUUUGUCAGCACAAUCACCAUCAUGGCAUCGUCCGUGGCAGAGGGCGUCCGGGAACGCAUCAGCGAGAUCCGGAACGAGCUCUUUGAAUUGCAGGCAAAGAAUGGCCAGCUUUACGAGGCGCAACUGUCGAACACUGACAUGGUGGUGGACCAAGAGUACAUCAACCACUUGAAGGAAGACAUGGAGAAUCAGAUCGAACAGGUCCGUUUUGAGCUGGCAUGGCUGGUGGAAUUUCACGAGCGCGGUCUACAGAAGCUCAAAGACUACUAUCUGCAGCAAGUGGACUUUGAGAGAAUCGAGGUGCUGGGUUUCCAGUCCGAUCAUCGCGUCUCCACCUUUCGCUGCGCCAAGAUGUCCUCUGAAUUGCAGGCGAAUCUUGCCAGGUUGCACGAACUGAUCUUCGCCGCUGGAGAGGGCGACGGUGACGAGGAGGAUGAUGAUGGAGAUGAUGGUUUGGGUUUUGAUGGCAGGUCCACCCUGCGAGGGCACAAGACGGAUUUCGGUUUUGAUGGGACGGACAAUGCCGGUUCGCAGAACACCGAGAAACCCCUUUCAGGUGCGGAGCAACGUGAACUGCGGCGGCAGCAAAGGAUGCUCCGGAAGGCGCAGAUGCAAGAGCUGGAACGCGCCAAGCCAUCCGAGUCCUAUGAGGCGCCUGAAGAUGUGGAAGCCAUUGCCAAUGCAGAGGCCACCCUGGGCAACUACAUGUUGAAAACCAGCCAGGACUACCAGGUGCCAGAGAACCAACGGAUGAAUGCGGAGAAGAAGCGAAGACAAAUGUUUUUGCUGGAGGAGUCCAUUCACGCCAUCAAGACGGAGUUCAACCAACGGGUCAUGGCUCUUCGGGACUUCCGCCAACAGGUCCGUGCCGAGGUUCAACGAGAUCUUCAAGCCUUGGCGGAGAUUGAUGAACAGCUGGGUACUACGACCGGCUGGGUGGUUGGCAUCCUGGAAAAUCCACCAGGUGCCCCACCGGAGUUCCCAGAGACGCGUUUCCACCUGGAAGAUGCUGACAUUAAG